UGACGGGACAGAUGACCUCUUACACUAGUUUGAAGUUAAAUACUAGGGGGUUAUUUUUAAUUGCAGUGUACGGGUGAGUAGGACUACUGCUGCCUCUCAUGAGCAUGGGAACCAUGUCACUGCACCGUGUGUGUGGAGUGUUUGUAUUCCUCAGCUUAUGUCUGAUUUCCAUCCCACCACGUUGCCAUGGAGGAAACAUUCUGGUGUUCCCUUUAGAUGGCAGCCACUGGGUUAAUAUGAAGAUUCUGCUUGAAGAACUUCAUGCCAGAGGACACAACCUCACUGUGAUCAGGGAGGACAACAGUUGGUACAUCCCUGAAAAGUCUCCACUGUACACAUCCAUUACAUUUGAUUCGAAGGAAAGCUUCGAAGACAUGUUAGGUGCUUUCCUACAGGAGCAUAUGAAGAUGCAGAGAGAAGGAGCUUCACCACUGACUUUCUUCAAAGUCACUACACAUUUCAUGUAUCUGCUUUCCCAUGCCCAUUCACUGUGGGCUGAUGCCACCAUUAAAAUGUUGGAAGAUCAAAAUAUGAUGAACAGUUUAAAAAAUUCCAAUUAUGAUCUUGUCCUCACUGAUCCAGCUGUAGCACAUGGGCUUGUGUUGGCCAAAUAUCUCAAACUGCCCAUUGUGCUCAACGUACGCUGGAUCACCAGUGGAGAGGGCCACUUUGUGUUAGCCCCCUCACCACUCUCCUAUAUCCCAGUGCCAGGAUCAGGCUUAACAGACAAAAUGAAUUUCAUCCAGAGGGUCAAGAACAUGCUUUUCCAUAGCAUUAUACUGUUUCAGCAGAAAUUUGUGUUGGAGCCAUGCUAUGAAACCCUCUGUAAUAAAUAUAUUGAGGGAGGAUGUGACAUCAUCUCCCUUCUCCAGGAGGCUGACAUUUGGCUGUUCAGGUCAGAUUUUGUAUUUGAUUUCCCUCGGCCCACAAUGCCAAAUAUUGUCUACAUUGGAGGAUUCCAGUGCAAACCAGCCCAGCCUCUGCCAGCAGACCUGGAGGACUUUGUUCAAAGUGCUGGGGAGCAUGGAGUGAUCAUCAUGACCCUGGGAACAUUGGUUAACGCUUUGCCCAAAGAAGUCGCAAAUGAAAUUGCCAGUGUUUUUGCCAGGCUUCCUCAGAAGGUGAUAUGGAGACACAAAGGAGAGCGUCCCUCUACGCUGGGCAACAACACUCUCAUAGUGGACUGGAUGCCACAGAAGGACCUCCUGGGCCACCCACAGACCAGAGUCUUUGUAGCUCACGGAGGAACCAAUGGAGUCCAGGAGGCCAUUUACCACGGAGUCCCUGUGCUCGGCAUACCCUUGUUCUUUGACCAGUAUGACAACCUUCUACGUUUGCAGGACAGAGGAGCUGCAAAGAUCCUUCAGCUGGGUGAUGUUAAUGGCAAGACUUUUGAGCAAGGUAUUAAGGAACUUCUCCAUCAAGACAGCUACAGACAGAACAUCCAAAGAAUGUCACGUCUGCACAGAGAUCAGCCAAUGGCACCCAUGGAUCAGGCUGUAUUCUGGGUAGAAUAUGUGAUACGUCACAAAGGGGCUCCUCACCUGCGUACAGAGGCUUAUAAGAUGCCCUGGUACUCAUACUACUGUCUAGAUGUGCUGCUCCUAUUGCUGACUGCAGUGACUGUGCUACUGAUGUCCACUGUGGCUGUUUUUCAGUUUCUGUGCUGCAGAAGAAAACGGAAGGCAAAAUCCAAACAGAACUGACUGAGGCCAAAUUUUUUUAAGAAACAAGCUUCAAUGAGUUCUCUAAAGCCUGUAUUUAGACAGCAAUAUAUCUUAAAGGUGGAGUCUGUUAUUCUGGACAAAAAUUGUAAAUUGAAGCAGUGAUCAAUAAAAUUUUACUCAUAUAGAA